AUGGCAUCAUCCGCUAGCACUGAUGCGGUACGACGACGACGACCGGAGUACGUGAUCGAGCAUAUGGAGGAGGACGAUCCGGACGCACCGGCUGUGUUUCCGGAAUGGGCAUUGCUCGAGUACCGACAUAUGCUGCAACUCGUAGGAGCUGGAUCGACGGUGCACUUUACAUCGCUGUCCAAGGCGUCGCUCGAGUCACUGGAUGAAUCGCUGCGCUCGUGCUCUUCGGUGGAGCACGCCAAGUUUGAAUUGCAUACAGCAUCCAUUACGACGCUCAUGACGAGUCGCGGUAUGACCAAGGACAAGGUGUGCCUUUUGGAUCCCAAAGCGACGUAUGCGAUCUCCAUCACCGAUGCGGGGCUCGUGCAGAGCGAUGCCAAGCCGAGCAGUGCUGGAGGACCGUUUGAGAUGUUCCUGUUUGGUGGCAUUCUGGGCGACGAUCCACCGCGCGAUCGCACGUCUUCGCUCCGCCAGCUCGGUUUCCCAUCGCGUCACCUGGGCAGUAUACAGAUGACGACCGAUACCGCACUUGGCGUCACCAAGCGCUGCGUUGAAGAUCUGCAGCUGCUCGAUCUCGACGACACCCGCCAACAGGAGCUCGCCUGGCGCGAUCACACGCAAGCCACAGCUCGUCUACAGUGGCUCGACCAUCCCGAGCUGCACUUUGGCCCACACGAAAGCGUCCAAAUGCCUUUCAGAUACAUGCUCGACGAUUCGCGCUCCGCAGAACCGCAUGCCUCCAAGAUGCCCCUCAUGCCCCAAGGCAUGUUGCAGUUGAUCCACAAAGACCUCGGCAGGUCAUUCGAGUUUUGA